UUAACAAGACUUGUCUGCAUCUUUUGUUAUAUUCUAACUAACUGAUCAAACAAACAGAGCCAAACAAUAUUUUCUAAAAUGGCUACUGCAGCAUCCACAAUGGCUAGCCAGUUGAAGAGCAGCUUUGCUUCGUCUUUAACCAGAGGUCACGGCCUUGUUACUCCCAAAGGCAUUUCUGGUGCACCUUUUAAGAUUUUCCCUUCAACAAGAAAGUCUUGCUUCACCGUCAAGGCUGUCCAAGCUGAUAAACCAACUUUCCAAGUGAUUCAGCCCCUUAAUGGUGACCCUUUCAUUGGAAGUCUUGAAACUCCAGUCACCUCAAGUCCAUUGAUUGCAUGGUACCUCUCCAACUUGCCUGCCUACCGGACCGCGGUGAACCCACUUCUCCGGGGAGUAGAAGUGGGCCUGGCCCAUGGAUUCUUACUAGUUGGCCCAUUCGUAAAGGCUGGUCCGUUAAGAAACACAGACUAUGCAGGGGGAGCUGGUUCUUUGGCAGCAGCAGGACUUGUUGUGAUUCUUAGUAUGUGUUUGACAAUUUAUGGAAUUUCAUCAUUCAAAGAAGGAGAUCCAUCAACAGCACCAGCAUUAACAUUGACUGGCAGGAAAAAAGUGCCAGAUCAAUUGCAAACUGCAGAUGGAUGGGCUAAAUUCACUGGUGGAUUCUUUUUUGGUGGAAUUUCUGGUGUCACUUGGGCUUAUUUCCUCCUAUAUGUUCUUGAUCUUCCUUACUUUGUUAAGUAAAUUUCUUUAAUUGAUGUAACUAU